GUUUCACGGCCUAAGAUUUGUAUCUGCUUUAACUGGACGCAACCUUGAUAGUCAGAGUUACUACAAGUAACUAGUAACACAACUGCCGUAACCCUAACUGCCACCACUACUUCUCAACAUCCCUCUCACCUCCGCCGCCAGAGUAUCUCCGGCCACCUUGCCCAUUUCCCUUUCGAACUCCGAUUCACACUGCCAACUGAAUUAUCAUUCACCACUUCCAGUCUCAUCCACUUCGAAUCCGUAUCAUGGCAGAAUCUUCUAACACCUCUCCUCCACCGGCGUCUAAAAGCUGGGCCGAUCAAGCCGACGAAGAAACCAUCCCAUCCCCAAGCUCCACCUCCGAAACACCCACCCUCAAAGUCGACGAAUUAGCCAUCGAUGAAGACAAGAAGUCUUCUUCUAAGUUCUUAGACGAUCCCGACGACUCAAACAUCCAAGCGGUUACAUCUGGUGACACUCCCUACACGUCGGCCGCGACAUUCGAGGAAUUGUCUUUAUCGGACGAGCUUCUGAAGGGACUAUAUGUAGAGAUGAAGUUUCAAAAGCCUAGCAAGAUACAAGCAGUGAGCUUGCCGAUGAUCCUCAAUCCUCCUAAUAGGGAUUUGAUCGCGCAAGCACAUAAUGGUUCUGGGAAAACCACUUGUUUUGUGCUUGGGAUGCUUAGUCGUGUUGAUCCAACUUUGCAAGCUCCUCAAGCUCUUUGCAUUUGCCCCACUAGGGAGUUAGCUAUUCAGAACAUUGAAGUUCUCCGUAAGAUGGGGAAGUACACAGGGAUUAGCUCAGAGUGUGCAGUUCCUAUGGACAGAAGGGAUUCGAUUCCAAUUUCAAAAAGGUCGCCUAUUAUGGCUCAGAUUGUUAUAGGUACUCCAGGCACAAUUAAGAAUUUGAUGACUUAUAAGAAACUUGGGGUGACAAGAUUGAAGAUUCUCGUUUUUGAUGAGGCUGAUCAAAUGCUUGCUGAGGAUGGAUUCAAAGAUGACUCACUGAGGAUAAUGAAAGAAAUAGAAAAAUUCAAUUCAAACUGUCAGGUUCUUCUGUUUUCUGCUACAUUUAACGACGUUGUCAAAAAUUUUGUUACAAGGAUUGUUGAGAAGAAGGAGCAUAAUAAACUUUUCGUGAAGAAAGAGGAGCUAUCUUUAGAUGCAGUGAAGCAGUACAAAGUUCGUGUUCCUGAUGAACUUGCUAAGAUUGAAGUGAUUAAAAAUUAUAUAUUUGAAAUAGGAGAGAAUGUAGGGCAAACUAUUAUAUUUGUGCGCACUAGAAAUAGUGCGAAAAUGUUGCAUAAAGCCCUUGUUGAUUUAGGCUAUGAAGUUACUUCCAUACAAGGUGCUCUUGAACAUGACGAGAGAGACAAGAUAGUCAAGGAGUUUAAAGAUGGUUUGACUCAGGUUCUUAUAUCAACUGAUGUUCUUGCCCGUGGCUUUGAUCAGCAACAGGUUAAUUUGGUUAUCAACUAUGAUCUUCCGUUGAAGUAUGCUGCUGAGUUCGUCCGUGGCCGUGAACCCGAGCCUGAUUGUGAGGUCUAUUUGCACAGGGUUGGUAGGGCUGGGCGAUUUGGGCGCAAGGGUGCUGUAUUUAACUUGAUAUGCGACGAAAGGGAUGAAAAGCUGAUGUCAAAGAUUGAAAACCAUUUUGGAACCCAUGUAGCAGAGGUGCGAGAAAGAAGUGUCGAAGACUAUAAAGCUGCUCUUAAGGAAGCCGGUUUACUGAUUUGAAUCUCCCAAAGUUGACCGAUCUUUGUAGCUUUGUGUUGGUCACCUGAAUGUGUGCUUGGAUUACAGCAUAUCUAUUGACGUUUUGACAAGUUAAUUUACAUGGAUACGUGGAGAUCCUGGUUUAAGUUUCUGGUUUGAGUUUCGGGGAUGGAUAGUUUCACUUUAGUGUUUUUAAUGAUACAACAUUGAUAUCAAUGAACCCAUUCCUCCCCGUAAUUGUGUAUCCAACUGAGUAUAGAGAAGUGUCUUUUGCUUAUGUGGUAGAUAAUAAUGCCUGCAGAUCGAAUUAUGGUAUCCACGCAGCUUGCUAUCUACGCUGGUUUCUGUGGAUAAAUUUUGGGUGUUGAGAUGAUUGUACGUACUGCAACAGUGUAUUCAAGUACUGUAAAAUUAUCAGCGGUAACUUAAGAACAAAAAAGUUAAACUUUAUGCAUUUGAGAGGAUUUAUCUAUAUCAAAUAAAGAAACAUUGGUGAAUAA